AUGGCGCGUGUUCAUGGCGAGCUCAAGGAGAAGCGUCAGGGCAAAGGCGUGCCCAGCUCGAGGUGGUGGACCGAUUCUCCAGAGGCAUGUCCCAUUUGUGGAUUUCCCAUCCGGCUACUACCGUAUCCUCCCUUCAAGCUGCAGGUCAAUGGCCACGACAGCAGAGACCCUGCAAAGUUGGUGGAUGGGCCCUUCAUGGUGCUGCAGGUGCUGAGCACAUGGAACUUCGAAGUUCUGGGGCAUCAACUGACUGUCUCAGACAUCAAAACCCUGGACAUGUACAUGAAGCGUUGUAAGCUGGGCCCCUUCCGCCUGGGUCGUGCUCUGGAGCUCCUCAGCGACAACUCGCCGGAGGCGCACCAGGAGCUGGAAUCCUUGCGGAGCAAGGCCCGGCGACGCCUUGAUGGAUUGAAACACAUCCAGCGUGUCCGGAUGAACAAAUUGGAUUUCAAUGAACAGGGCACAGGUGACAGUCCCUCCAAUGGAUCUGGCAAUGCCAGGGAGGCUGAAGGAAGCAAACAUCGCUCUGCCAGGCGACCAGGUCGACCAUGGGGUAGGCAACGGGACAGCAACGCCUAUCCUCGGAGUUGGGCACAAUGA